CCAAGUGGGAAUGCAGUGUUACAACAUCGUGCUUCGGCUGUCAGUGGAGCCUAUGACCAGUUACAAAUGGAAGAACAGGUCACGUGGGAACCGAUAGGGGACUUCCAAAGAGAAGCAUCUGGUGGGUCGUUUAAGGUAGAAAACUCUGCCAAUAAAGAAGAAUAUCCCCCCGGUAGAGUGGACGAUUUAUCAGUUGAAAGUAUGUCACCAGAAAACAGGACCGUGACCUUGACCUGGACAGCGCCUGGUCAAAAUGCGUUCUCUGGAAUAGUGGAUGGAUUUGAAAUAUUCGUGCAUCACAAAAU